AUGAGUUAAUCUAAAUAAAAUUAUAUUCCUUUAUUAAUAGGAGCCGGAUCUUUAGCUAUAGGAGGUCUUGGUUACCUAGCAUAUGAAUUUUUAUCUAAAAACACAAAAAGUUAAUCCACAUAGUAAAAUAAUUAAAAGUCUUAUACCCGUGACUAAAUUCUUUAAACCUUAAAAUCUUUCAAAAAAGAACUAUAUACAUGUUCAGUAUAAGUAUCUGCCAUGGUUUAAUAAAUAAAGCUUUAAUCUCGUGGUGCAUAAUUAGAUUUUGACAUAAAAGAAUUUAUAUUUAGUUAUCCAAUUGUUGUAUAAGAAAUGGAAAGGGCUGAAAUAUAAGCUUGUUUAAAGAAUAAUAUAACAAAAUAAGAAUUAUAAUGGAAUGUCGAAAACUUAUACAAAAAUGAUUCUGAAAUCGAAGAAUUGUAAAAGCAAAUAAAAUUAAUGUUCGAUUAAGCUGCUUUAGGAGUACCUCCAGAUCCGAAAUCCGAAAUUCCAGAAUUUUUAACAUGCGAUAAAUUAUUAGAAAUCAUUUAGUAAAUAAUGAUUUCAACAACCAAAUAAUUGAGAGACUUCUUCUAUAACAUAAAAUAAUAAUACGGAAAUGUCAAUUUAAACGACCCAAGAAUACUUUAAUAAAUGUAAUAAAUUUAAAUGAGUGGAUUAAAGGAAAAAAUUUUACAUGAAUACGGUUUAGAUACGUUUGAGGAUCCUUCGGAUAAAAUACUUCAAUUUGCAACUUAAAAAUAUGCUAUGGAAAAUCCAGAAUUCUCAUAAAAAAUGUAAAUUUUAGAACUCAAACAUAAAAAGUGUAUGGAAACUAUCAUGGUAAAUCCUGAUAAUGAAGAAAUUAUUGAAAAAAUCUUCAAUGAAGAUAUGUCUUAAGUUGGAUUAGGAAUGGGAGGAUCUAUGGGAGGAUUUUAAGGAUUCCAUGCUGCUAGAAGAAAAUAAUAGGAUUAACCUAAAUUAGACGAAAAAUAAAAAGUAGAAGAAAAAGUAGCUGAUGAUGAAAACAAAUAAGAAAAAUAAAACAAUGAAGAAAAUGCUGAAUAAAAGGAUUAAAUAGAUGAAUAAUAGAAAGAAUAAUAAUAGGAAUAAGAAUAAUAAUAAGAAAAAUAAGAAUAAUAAUAGGAAUAAUAAGAAGUUUAAAAAUAAGAAAUUCAUGAAGAUUUAAAUAAAUAAAAUCAAUAAGAAGUUUAAAAUCCUAAAUAAGAAUAACAUUAGGUACAUGAAAAUUAACAAUAAAGCUUAUAUAACUAAAAUGAAUAAGAUAAAAAAGAUAAUGAUGAAAAAUUCUAAGAUGCAUAAUGA